AUGUCUCCAAUUUUUUCGCGACUUUUCUUCCGAUCAUUUGAUUUGGUGUGGUCUGGUCUGGUCGGACCGCGCAGGGGUCUGGGCAGCGAGGCGUCGCUGCGCCGGCGGCGCGGGCCGGCGCGGCUCUGGGUGGCCGUGGCGGCGCUGGUGGUCGGUACCAUGUGCCUCCUCUCCUCCUCCUCCGUCGGCCUGUUCGGCGCUUCUUACAGGGUCCAGGAUGUUGAUGUAAAUAAGUUAUGGAGAACUGCAGAUUCAAAUGGUUGGAGAGCAACUUCUGCACCACGCACCUACUGGCCUCCCCCACCAACUGAAUCUGAGAGCAAUGGCUACUUGCGCGUCCGGUGCAAUGGUGGCUUGAACCAACAACGUAGUGCAAUAUGUAAUGCUGUUGUUGCUGCACGGAUCAUGAACGCUACACUGGUGCUGCCAGAAUUAGACACAAAUUCAUUCUGGCAUGAUGAAAGUGGCUUUGUAGGUAUUUAUGAUGUUCCCCACUUCAUCAAGACACUGAAAUAUGAUGUUCGAAUUGUUAUGAGCAUUCCUGAAAUCACUACAAAUGGAAAGACCAAGAAGCUCAAAGGCCAUCAGAUUCGACCACCUAGAGAUGCACCAGUAUCUUGGUAUGCAACCGUUGCUUUGGAGACAAUGAAGAAGUAUGGAGCUAUAUAUUUAACUCCAUUUUCACACCGUUUGGCAGAAGAUAUUGAUGAUCCAGAGCUCCAGAGAUUGAGAUGCAGGGUGAAUUACCAUGCACUACGAUUCAAGCCACAUAUCAUGAAAACAAGCAGUGAGAUAGUGAACAAGCUCCGCUCAGAAGGCCAUUUCAUGUCAAUUCAUCUUCGGUUUGAGUUGGAUAUGCUUGCAUUUGCAGGGUGCAUUGACAUAUUCAAACCUCAAGAGCAAAAAAUUCUGUUGAAGUACAGGAAAGAACAUUUUGCAGAAAAGGAACUUAUCCCCAUGGAAAGAAGGCGCAUGGGAAAGUGCCCUUUAACUCCAGAAGAGGUAGGUCUUAUUCUACGUGCUAUGGGAUUUGACAAUAGAACACGCAUUUACCUUGCUUCUGGUGAGCUCUUUGGUGGGAAACGUUUCAUGAAGCCAUUCAAGGCUAUGUUUCCACGCUUAGAGAACCACAGCACAGUUGGACCUGGAAAGCUGGAAGAGAAUACCCAAGGGCUAGCAGGAUCAGCAGUUGAUUACAUGGUUUGUCUCCUGUCUGACAUUUUCAUACCCACAUAUGGUGGCCCAAGCAACUUUGCAAACAACCUCAUGGGCCAUCGUAUGUACUAUGGUUUCCGGACAACAAUCACACCAAACAGAAAGGCCCUUGCCCCAAUAUUCAUUGACAGGAUGGAAGGCCGUGGCAUUAGCUUUGAGAGAAUCAGGAGGGUAAUGUUCGACACUCAUUUUGGUGGCCCCCACAAGCGCAUCCAUCCAGAGUCUUUCUACAUGAACUCGUGGCCAGAGUGUUUCUGCCAGACGGAUGCCAGGAACCAAGCAGACCGGUGCCCCCCUGAUAACAUAAAUCAUGUUCUCGAAAGUCAGUUCCAGAGCGAAGAAGAAAUGGAAGAAGCAAGAGCCAGUAAUCAGACUGAAUCAUCCAGCCAAAUAGAAGAGCCUACGAUUUAA